AAUUCCUCGGUUAAGACCACAGCAAAUGUAUUUAGACCGGUCCAUUUCAUAAUUCCUAGCACACGUUUUCUUUCUGAACAACUCACACUCAUCAUGAUUCAAGAUUUCGUAACCGAUGGUCCAUUUCCCCAAAACACACCUGUAGAUGUUCAGCAAGUGUAUGGAGUUACUGAAAUUGGACCAAAUAGAUAUCGUGGGAUUUACCCACUUCAAAAACCAAUAGGUGCUGCUCGUGGUGCAUAUGGUGGUAAUGUAGCUGCCCAAGCAGUUGUUGUCGCGAUCAAAUCUUCUCCCCAGGGGUUCCGCCCUCACGCUCUUCACUCCUUCUUUAUCAAGGCUGUGAAUGACGAAGAUGUGGUGGAAUGGGAAGUCGAACAUGUUUCCAAUGGAAGAAAUUUCGUUAACCGGUCAAUCAAAGCCCUUCAAAAUGGCCAGAUUGUGUAUACCGCCACAGUUUCACUCACCAAGAACAACUCACACAAGGAUGCAUGGAAAAAAUACGAGCAAACCAGGAAGGAAUCAGAUAGACCAUUUGAAUGGGGCACACCACAACAUGACUGGUUUCAAAAACACAAGCUUGAAAACAUCCCCGAGGGAGCUGCUAAUUCCCGUUUAUUAUUCUGUCACAAGAUUUUCCCUGAACUUGUUUCUCUUGAUUUGACCAAAUCUGAAGAACAAGUUCCGGUUGCCGAAAGGAAACUUUCAUAUUAUAUAAAAUGGGGGAUUGAAAAUAAAGAUGGGUACAAUCAGCCAUUGACUAAUAUUGAUCCUGAUUACCAAUAUGUUGGAUUAACUUCACUUUCAGAUUCGAUUUUCUUGACUAGAUUAUUAAGAUUGUUGAGAAUUGAAGAUGCCGAUCAUACUAAUCUUAUCCAUUACUUCUCAGUAAGUUUAGACCAUAGUAUUUACUUCCAUGAUGAUGAUUUUGAUGUCACCAAAUGGAUGGGAUUUAGUUUUAGAGCUGCCAAAUGUACUCACAAUAGAGUGUUGAUUGAAGGGGAGAUGUUUAACGAUAAAGGUAAACAUGUGGCUACUAUUGUCCAAGAAGGGUUGGUUCAAUUUAACGGUAGAGAACAAGGAGCUAAGUUAUAAUUUAGAAUAGAUAUUUAAUUCACGCAUUUUGUUAUUGUC